AUGAUGGAUUUUUUUACUUUGAUCCAGUUCUUGUUUCCAGUUUCUCAAUUGGAACAAUUUUGUGAAUCCUACUUUGAAGAAACCACGACCAGGGACAGGAGUGGUCGGUUUGUUGUGAGGUUGCCCCUGCGAAAUAACGUAUUGGAGUUGGGUGAGUCACGUACAACAGCCAUGAAGAGGUUAUGCGCGAUGGAGCGUAAAUUAUCGAGAGUUUCAGACUUAAAAAAACAAUAUCGGAGAUUUAUGAAGGAGUAUGAAGACUUGGGACAUAUGUCUAGAAUCUCUGAAGACAAAAUUAAGGAAUUACACCCAGUAUAUUUCUUACCACAUCAUGCAGUCACGAAAGAGAACAGCACGACGACAAAAGUAAGAGUCGUAUUCGACGGAUCCAGUAAGACUUCCACAGGAUUAUCCAUUAACGAUGUACAGUAUACAGGACCUAACCUCCUAGAAGAGAUAAUUUAUCAUCUGGUACGUUUUCGACAAUGGCGCUACGUACUAUCCGCAGAUAUUACGAAAAUGUAUCGGCAGAUAAGGAUUCAUCCUGAGCAACAGAAACUUCAAUUAAUACUUUGGAGAGAGAAUCCAGAAGAUGAGGUACAAGUCUUUCAAUUGGAAACACUCACAUAUGGAAUGGCGGACGCUCCACACCUAGCUACACGAUGUAUACAACAAAUCGGCAAGGAUUGUCAACGGCAGGAUAUCAGGAGUAGCCAUACUAUACUACAUGACUUUUACAUGGACGAUUUGCUAACGGGAGACGACGAUUUUGAUGCCCUUAAGAGUCUAAAGGCGACCUUAACUACAGUGUUCAAGGACUAUGGGUUUGAAUUAAGGAAAUGGGCAAGUAAUGAGGGUAAAAUUCUCGAGGAGUCAGUAGAGGACAGCGAGCCGAAACAUUUUCAGGAUCUCAAGGACCCUAAAACACGUGGACUUUUAUGGGAUCCAGAACACGACAUUUUAAGAUUUUCUUUACGGAUCAAAUAUUCUCAGAAGGUUACAAAACGAACCAUUCUAUCGGCUGUUGCUCAAAUUUUUGACCCUUUAGGAUUGGUGGGCCCAGUUACGGUACGCGCUAAAAUGUUGUUACAAAAAUUGUGGCAGUUAAAACUAACCUGGGAUGAAACAGUUCCGCAGGAGAUUUACACCGCAUGGACUCAAUAUCAAACCCAGUUGAGGAAUCUGGAGGACAUCGUAAUACCAAGACAAGCACGCCGAGGGGACGCAGAUACUAUUCAACUUCAUGGAUUCAGUGACGCUUCAGAGAGAGCAUUUGGAGCAUGCAUCUAUGUAAGAGCUACAGAUGAACAAGGCCAUCAUACUGUACGUUUAUUAGCAGCAAAGUCACGAGUAGCACCUCUACAUACGGUCACUCUUCCCCGAUUGGAACUUAAUGGCGCGGUGUUACUAGCAAGACUUUCCGAGAAGAUUCGAAAUGCGUUAAAUAUCGACAAAACCAGAUUCUACUGGUGGAGUGAUUCAGAAAUAGUACUACAUUGGAUUGCAGGAAACCCCUCACGGUGGAAUACCUUUGUGGCCAACAGGGUUGGAGAAAUACAAGAACUCACCACAAAUAGAUGGCAGCAUGUAUCGACACAUCAUAAUCCAGCAGAUAUAAUAUCAAGGGGUAUGGAGACCUCAGAAUUAGUCAAGUCCGACUUGUGGUGGAAGGGACCAUCAUGGUUGUCGGAGGACGAGCAACGUUGGCCUAUACAACCGGUGCAAUUACCCGAAGUAAUACCAGAGAUCCGUCAAGGAAAAUAUCAGUCACUGAUGAUCCAAGCUAAACCUGACUUGUCUUACCUUUGGUAA